GCGAGCAUGUCGUCUUAAGUGUUAUUACGUUAGCGGUGAAUUUGUUUUUGGAUUAUUGAUUGGUCGGGAGUAUUGUGUGUAGAUUUUGUACUUGAACUGUUUUAUAUAUGUCGUGCAUUAUUAAAACUGAAGAAGAAACAACGAUGGUGAACGCUGAGAGUUGUGUUAACCAUCCAGUGACGGUGAAUGCGCCCAGACGCGAUAUGGAUUUCAAAUCAAGCUUUAGCAUUAGUUCCAUAUUACCGGAGACCGUACGUGAUAGUUCGAGUCCCGUCAGUUCAUCGGCUUCAAUAUUUAAGUGUGAAGAUUUGUCCGAUAAUGAAUCUGAUCUGGAUGUGACUGGUGGUGCUUCGCCACUUGAUUGCAGUUCAUCCCGCACAAACGACGAAAGCGAAAACAACACAACCACCGACGGCAAACCUGCCGCGACAAAAGGCAAUGAAAAACCACCUUACAGUUAUAAUGCUUUAAUUAUGAUGGCAAUCCGGCAAUCGCAAGAAAAACGAUUGACUUUAAAUGGAAUAUAUGAGUAUAUUAUGCGUAAUUUCCCGUAUUAUCGUGACAACAAGCAAGGUUGGCAGAAUUCGAUAAGACAUAAUUUGUCUUUGAACAAAUGUUUUGUGAAAGUACCAAGACAUUACGAUGAUCCCGGCAAAGGCAACUACUGGAUGUUGGACCCAUCAUCCGAAGAUGUAUUCAUUGGAGGAAGCACCGGUAAAUUGCGCAGACGUUCAACUGCCGCAAGCAGAAGUCGAUUGGCAGCUUUCAAAAGAUCGCUGGUUUUAUCGCCGGCGGGACACAUGCCAGGAUAUUCACCAUACGCACAUCCAGCGUACAUGUACAGUCAUCCCGCUUUAUUAGCUUCAGUAUAUUCGAGGUAUAACCCAUAUCUACCAAUGGUUUUACCGAAAAAUCCGAUGGUACCACCACAAACGCAUAUGCCUCCAAAUCCCGCCGCUAUGCCUCCAGCAGCAAAUCAUGGAUUCAGCAUGGAGCGAUUGUUAGCUGAACAACCUGUGAGGCAACCAAUGUUACCAGUAGGAGCACACCCGCAAUAUCAAGAUUUCUACCAAAGGCUAUUGCUGCAGCAGCAAUUGCAACUUACCGCUGGUUUGUUGCCGAACUCUCCAGUUGGAGGACCAAUUUCGCCUCCACAUGCCUCCAACCCGCCGCCACAUCAAAUGUUCAAGCCGAUUACCGUUGUGACGCGGCAUAGUUGAAAUCUGGACGAUAUUUGUCAAGCUGUGUGAUCGUACUGAUAUUUUAGUUUUCUUUGACUGUGAUCAUGAUAUUUUUAUUAGAUAAACAUUAUAGAAGUAUCAUCAUAUGUGUGCCUCAAUGUAGCAUGUUUUUACGAUUCCAAAUAUUUGAUUUUGUA